CUUAAAUCCUAGUUGAGCUUAAAGUUGUUUACCAAAACAGUAACUUUUUAAAGUUGUAUCAUAGGUUAAGACCGUCAAACGUUAACAGAUCUUUGGAGGGAUUCAUCAAUCCUAAAGAUGAAAAAAAGAGAAUUUCUGCCGACGGCGUGGGUUUUGUUUUUUGUGGUAAUAUCCAUUCUGACCAAUGGAGCCAAUUGUACCAAAAACUGUUCGGACAAUCCAUGUGACGACUUUGCAAAUUGCACAGAUACCGAUGAUGGUUGCUAUACAUGUGAAUGUCAAUCAAUGUAUGCCGGGGAUGCAUAUGGUUGCGAUCUUAUAAUUGUCGACUUUGACCUAAUCAUGCCGCCUGAAGAUAAACCCUCUUCUGUAGACGGCUUGUACAGAAAACAGAAGGAAAAAUGGAAUUCCCGUUCAGUUUGGGCAAACGAAGAUGCUUCGUUGUUCCUUUACAAUUAUGGUGGCGGGGAACCUUAUUGGGAGAUAUCGCCUAAUCCUGAUGGUGGUAGUUAUAUUGCCUUGACUGGAUCUAUUUUUUGGGCAAUACCUGUUACGAAUGAUUGGUGUUAUAAUAAAGGUAGUGGAUUGUGUUAUCCCGACUCCUAUCCUGUACGAUGUGUUAAGAACUGUACUAGCGUAGAGUCCUGCAGAAUUGAAGAACCAUGUGACGAAAAUUGUACAUUAUCUGAUAUUGGAAAUGGAGACAUUGGAUUCGACGGCGACGGGUUUUGCUUGGAAAAGAAAACCGAGGAUUGCGGCAUUUGCGAAAGUUGUCAACAAAAUGCAACGUGUACGCCUCUGAAGUUGGAGCAAUUUGUUUGUUAUGCUGCCUGUAUUUCCGACCAAGGAAAUGAGGGAGAUGGACCUUGCCAACCUAUAACUACCACUCCUACAGAAGCUCCUACCACAACAAUCAUGGAAAGUGCUACAACAACAGAAGCUGUUGAAAUCACGGAUAAUGCUACAACCACAGAUGCUGCUACAACUACAGACGCCGCUACUGCCUCGGGGGGUUCUGGAACCACAGACGCCGCUACUGCCACGGGGGGAUCUGUAACCACAGACGCCGCUACUAGCACAGGGGGAUCUGUAACCACAGACGCCGCUACAACAACGGGAUCUGUUAAUACAACGGGAUCGGGAGCUAGCAACAGCACACAGUUAGCAGAAG